AUGCAGACUGUGGAGCUAUGCAAGCAGUUUUCAAAGAGCUACAACACAACGACACAUACGUAUCCGGGAUAUAUAGCCCCCCAGAGAUCUUAUAGCGGGAUGUAUAGCCCCAUGAUUAGCUCCCCUUUGCACUUGAACCUUUCCGCCAUGGAAGCUCCUGCCCCGCAGUCCCCGAUGACACGGAUAGAAGUGCUCUCCGAGACCUUCCUGAUCAAUCAAGACCUUCAAACUGACGAGUUUCCCUCCGACUCGACAAACUCAACCAACAGCUCCGCUACGGUCACAUCCAGCCUGUCUUUCACCGUCCACGUGGAGGCCGACCUCACCAACAACGAAGGGGCCGAUGAGCAGCAGAACUCGACGGUGAGUGCGACCGAGGCAUCGAGAGAUCCAGGGGCGAUCACAAGAGAGAAAGCUUGCCUGUUUCUGAAUCAGAUCUCUCGUCUUCUGAACAAGAGGGAGGCAACUCCUAUGGACCUGUGCAGCAUGCUCGACAGGAGCAAUCAUUCGCUGUCGGGGAGGAGAAACAGCAGCGACUCCUCCGGACUGCCUGAGUGCAUGAUCUGCCUGGAGAACAUGCAGGUGGCUGUCGUCGAGGUUGCUCAUCUCAAAGCCAGGAUGUUGUCCUAA